AUGGAGCAAGACUUUAAAGAGCUGGAGGAAGGACCAGGGAAGAAGGUGGCGGACAACUGCGGCGUGCGGCUGUGGCGGGUGAUGCCGUCCAACUGUGUCCUCUCAGGGAACUACAUGAAGCACUGGCAGAAGCUCAGGGACUUCCCCGUCACCGACGGAGACAUCUGGGUCAUCUCACAGCCCAAGAGCGGAACGACAUGGACGCAGGAGAUGUCGUGGCUGCUUGGCCACAACUGCGACUUCGAGACGGCGAAGAAGGUGCCCCUCGACUUCAGAAUGCCACACAUAGAGCACCAGGUGAUCGUGCGGUCCGAGGAGGGCGUGAACCCACUGCAGCAGCUGCUCGACAUGCCGGCGCCGCGCUACAUCAAGUGCCACCUGCCCACGGAGCUGCUGCCGCAGCAGAUCUGGAAGACCAAGGCCAAGAUCAUCUACGUGGCGCGCGACCCUAAGGACGUGGCCGUGUCCUACUACCACUACAUGAGGACGUGCUACGGAUACUCCGGCUCCAUAGACGACUUCCUGGAGGCCUUCCUCGACGAAUCCCUUCCGUACGGCCCAUACUGGGCGCACAUCUUGGGCUACUGGAAGCUUCGGGAUCAGCCGAACGUCCUCUUCACCACUUAUGAAGAAAUGAAGAGGGACCUUCCGGCAGCAGUACGGCGGUGCGCGCGCUUCAUGUCUACGGACGUAAGCGAGGAUCUGCUGCAGAAGCUGGUGGACCACCUGAGCUUCGACAACAUGAAGACGAACCCCGCCGUGAACAAGGAGGGCUACGUGGCCGCCGUGCGCAAGGGCAUGGGCCUCGACCCGAACGCGGCCGACCUGCCCAAGUUCAUGCGGCGCGGCCAGCCGGGCGGCUGGAGGAACGAGUUCCCUCCAGGAUUCGCCGAGCGCUUCGACAAGUGGAUCCAGGAGAAGACCAGCGGCACUGGCUACACCGUCGGCAUCUCCGGGGGGCACGCCUAG